CCACCGCGUUCCGCCGCGCAACGGGGGCUCCUCUCCCGGGCCCCCGUGGGCGCCCUCCGGCUCCGGUUCCCGCCCGCUCCUUGGAAUAACCCCUGAGGGUCCAGCCGUCGCCGCAAAGUUUCCCGACGAGACCCGCCUCCCCGGCCGCUGCGCAGGUGAGGAGGCAGAGAGUGGGUGAGGAGAAGCACUCGAGUUUGGGCAGACAAAACCAGAGGAUGAAGCAGGAAUAACCCGCCUCCCCAGCAAGAAAACCUCUCUCCAAACAGGAGCAGCCAAGCAGCACUGAGCCCCCUGCCUCCCCAGCAUCUUCCCAAACAGGGGCAUGUGGGGCCUGACAGCUCGGCGGCGCAUGUCAGCCGCUCCAGGCCCGCGGUGAACAUCUGAACUCCUCAGCGGGGUAGUGGCCCCCCGCCUGCCCCCCGGAGACGCAGCCUGAGUGGCAGGAAUACCGCGUCUUUGGAGAGUGGCUACCUCUCGGUUCUGUCAUGCAAGAACGCUCUCUGCACCGGAGCCCAUUCUGCCAACCGACUUAAAGGGAUUAGGAAAAAAACUUGGUAAAGAAAAGGAGGUAAAAGGCACACAGAAGCCUUUCAGAGGAGGUGGCCGCCAACAGACAAAGGGCGAAAGUUGAAAGGGGCCACCCUCCCCGGAUGGGCGCCAGGCCGUAGGGCAUGCCCGGGGAGCAGGGGCCCAGAACACCCUCAGGCCACGCUCGGGAGUCCCGGGGCCGCGGGGGGCGCCCCUGCAGGCCCCUCACUCCAGGGGGAGUAGGGCACAGAGGAUGCUGCUCCAGACCUACAGCCACGUCUGAACGCAGAAGCCCAGCAGAGUGAAGCACAGGGUCUCUGUGCCUCUGGGGUGUCCCCAGCGCCACCCAAUGUCCCAGGUCUGUGGUCUGUGCCCCGAGUGCCAGGGCCGCCGGGCCAGAAUGUGAGUGCGGCCCAGGCCCACCUCGACCUGGUGUGUGACAUCCAGAGCGGUGACCCCAGCCAGACCCAGCAGGCUCCGGGGCUGCAGCUAAGGAGGUGAUAAGACUCCAAGUCAGGUGGGGCCGGGCUCCCCCAGCCAUCCACCAUGGUGGUGGCACAUCCCACCGCCACCGCCACCACCACGCCCGCUGCCACGGUCACGGCCACCGUCAUAAUGACCACGGCCACCAUGGACCUGCGGGACUGGCUGUUCCUGUGCUACGGGCUCAUCGCCUUCCUGACGGAGGUCAUCGACAGCACCACAUGCCCCUCGGUGUGCCGCUGCGACAACGGCUUCAUCUACUGCAACGACCGGGGGCUCACCUCCAUCCCCGCCGACAUCCCCGACGACGCCACCACCCUCUACCUGCAGAACAACCAGAUCAACAACGCCGGCAUCCCCCAGGACCUCAAGACCAAGGUCAGUGUGCAGGUCAUCUACCUGUACGAGAACGACCUGGACGAGUUCCCCGUGAACCUGCCCCGCUCCCUGCGGGAGCUGCACCUGCAGGACAACAACGUGCGCACCAUCCCCAGGGACUCGCUGGCCCGCAUCCCGCUGCUGGAGAAGCUGCACCUGGACGACAACUCCGUGUCCACCGUCAGCAUCGAGGAGGAUGCCUUUGCUGACAGCAAGCAGCUCAAACUGCUCUUCCUGAGCCGCAACCACCUGAGCAGCAUCCCCUCGGGGCUGCCCCGCACGCUGGAGGAGCUGCGGCUGGACGACAACCGCAUCUCCACCAUCCCGCUGCACGCCUUCAAGGGCCUCAACAGCUUGCGGCGCCUGGUGCUCGACGGCAACCUGCUGGCCAACCAGCGCAUCGCCGACGACACCUUCAGCCGCCUGCAGAACCUCACCGAGCUCUCGCUGGUGCGCAACUCGCUGGCCGCCCCGCCCCUCAACCUGCCCAGCGCCCACCUGCAGAAGCUCUACCUGCAGGACAACGCCAUCAGCCACAUCCCCUCCAACACGCUGGCCAAGAUGCGCGAGCUGGAGCGCCUGGACCUGUCCAACAACAACCUCACCACGCUGCCCCGCGGCCUGUUCGACGACCUGGAGAACCUGGCCCAGCUGCUGCUCCGGAACAACCCCUGGUUCUGCGGCUGCAACCUCAUGUGGCUGCGGGACUGGGUGAAGGCGCGGGCGGCCGUGGUCAACGUGCGCGGCCUCAUGUGCCAGGGCCCCGAGAAGGUGCGGGGCAUGGCCAUCAAGGACAUCACGAGCGAGAUGGACGAGUGCUUCGAGACGGGGUCCCAGGGAGGCACGGUCAACGCCGCCGCCAAGACCACGGCCAGCAACCAUGCCUCCGCCACCACACCCCAGGGCUCGCUCUUCACCCUCAAGGCCAAGAGGCCGGGGCUGCGCCUCCCCGACUCCAACCUUGACUAUCCCAUGGCCACGGGCGAUGGGGCCAAGACCCUGGUCAUCCACGUGAAGCCCCUGACGGCGGACUCGAUCCGCAUCACGUGGAAGGCCACGCUCCCCGCCUCCUCCUUCCGGCUCAGCUGGCUGCGCCUGGGCCACAGCCCUGCCGUGGGCUCCAUCACGGAGACUCUGGUGCAGGGGGACAAGACAGAGUACCUGCUGACGGCCCUGGAGCCCAAGUCCACCUAUAUCAUCUGCAUGGUCACCAUGGAGACCGGCAACACCUACGUGGCCGACGAGACGCCCGUGUGUGCCAAGGCAGAGACGGCCGACAGCUACGGCCCCACCACCACGCUCAACCAGGAGCAGAAUGCCGACCCCCUGGCGGGCCUGCCCCUGGCGGGCAUCAUCGGGGGCGCCGUGGCCCUCGUCUUCCUCUUCCUGGUCCUGGGGGCCAUCUGCUGGUACGUGCAUCGGGCUGGCGAGCUGCUGACCCAGGAGCGGGCUUACAACCGGGGCAGCCGGAAAAAGGAUGACUAUAUGGAGUCAGGGACCAAGAAGGAUAACUCCAUCCUGGAAAUCCGCGGCCCCGGGCUGCAAAUGCUGCCCAUCAACCCUUACCACGCCAAAGAGGAGUAUGUGGUCCAUACCAUCUUCCCCUCCAAUGGCAGCAGCCUUUGCAAGGGCACGCACACCAUCGGCUACGGCACCACGCGGGGCUACCGGGACGCUGGCAUCCCUGACAUAGACUAUUCCUACACAUGAUGCCAGCCUCCUGGGCCGUCCCCGCCCCAGCUCCCGCUGUCCUCCUGGCGUGGUGACGACGUGGCUUUGCCCAGCCUGCUGCCGUCCGACAGAGCAAGGAUAAGAAUUUCCACGAUGACUUUCCCAGCAGAAAGCAAAGUCUGGGGAGGGUUGACGAUUUUGUAGAACACAACCGGGAAAAAAAUUUUUUUUUAAAGAAUAAAAGGCAGGAAGGGGAUUUGAUGCAGCUGAAGACAUAAUUUAUACGGAAUUAUGCCAGUUGAGGAAGGAAAAACUAAAAAUAAUAUUGCAGGAAGGGUUGGGCCGGGUUUUUUUUUCCCCGAACUAGAAAGAUGCUACCUGUACCACGUCUGUGUGCGCCUCAUGCUCUGUUCAGGGCCGUCACAAAGGAACCGUCAGAGAGAAGCAGCCGCCACGCGAAGCCCCCACGCAGCUCUCUCGCUGCGGGCUGCUCGCUGGCGACGACGUGAUGGAAGGUUUUCAGGCUCCUCACAAAGGAGAGGGGGAAGAAAGGAUCUUUUGCUGUGGAGAUGCUGUCCUGAAACCUCUUCCCUGGUUCUUUCCAUCUCAUUUCCCUUACAGAUUUGCAGAAAUAUCGCGUCUUUCAAUGCAUUCUUUGAACAAUGAUGUAGUCGAUUAAAAAACAAACUCUUUUUCCUAGCCUGAAACCCUCUUCGACACCGUGCCCCGUACUCCGUGGUAGCCCCAUGGGAGUGGUGGCUUUCCCAGCCACUGGGAGGUGCGUCUAUCUACCUGUCUGUCUCUAUGUGGCGUCUCUAAAUACAGAUGGGUAGAUAGAGCCACGUAUCCGGUCCUCGCGGUACCUCUUGGGUCAGUUUGUCCAAUUUCCUGAGACAACAGAGUCGCGAAACCGUUGCUUUCUCCUAGAAAUUAUUGAGUAAGUAGACAAGGUGCGUUGGGGAUGGGAGUGGGCAGGCGAUGAUGCUGUUCAUACAGGUGGCAGUGUGUCUGUCCUGGACGGGUGGCUAGGGAGACCCCGGGCAGGGGAUGCUUUCAGUCUGAUCCUAUCUCAGGUCGGCCAGAGCUGGGCCGUGCUCCUUUCUGAUCUAGAGAAAACCUUUCUUUGACUGCAGGUGUCCUCGUCUCUCUCCCCCACACACAGAUGCGAUCAACUCCAUAGCUACUUCUGAGCGUCUACUCUGUUGUGUGCUUCCUCCUGGGACAGGUAAUUGGUACAGGGAUGGGUUUUUUUCUUUUUUUUUUUUAUAUCAGCUGAUUAGACCUAAUGGUUUCCAUGGCUGCUCAAACAAAGCCCAGAAAAGAGAUGAAAAUUCUCAGAAAGGCCCUGGGAGACAGCACCCCCGAAUGCACAGCAUCCAGCCGUGCCCGCCCCUGGGGCUCUGCUCCGGAGAGGGAAGCCCGGAUGGCACUCUAAAAAUGCCAGCCGCCAAAAGGACACGGACUGGGGCCUCCGAAGACUUAAGAUUUUAUUUCCUCCCUCUGGAAUCAACGGUGCCAUCAUUUGUCAACCAACAGUGCAGUGUGGCGAGCCAUGAGAUUACAACGCUGGUGACAGCAAAUCUGGAAGGAAGAGAGGAGAGGUGCCCAGGGUCUGGUAUCUCCUGAGUGCCAGCACUCGGGGACUCGCGUCACCGGCUGUCCACAUGCCACUCGUCCUGCACCGGGGAAGAGCCAUGUCAAAGGAGAGAGGCUGGUCUGAAAGCAGGGAGGAUGAGAAGGGGUCCAGCUUCUGGCGGGGGCAUUUUCAAAAGGCCUCGACCGCUUUGACAAAAGCCAAAGGCAGGAAGAUGAGGCUGAACAGCAGUCACAGAGCGGCCGUGACAGGCCCCGGGGCCGGCCGCUCGGCGCACAUGAAAAGAUGCUACUGGUCCCCUCAGCGAAGAGGCAGGGGUUGAAAGAAAUGGACACAACAGCCGUGUGACAGAGGUGGAGAAGAGGCGUGGCCUCCAUCGCCAGGCCCAACGGAUGGUCUCACCAAAUGAGGAAUCCAACUCCCCAGCCCCGGGGAGAGGCCGAGGGCACAGACACAUUUCAUUCUAAAAUAAGCCUUUUUUCCCUUUUCCCACUUGAAUCAUUUUCUCAUCCAGUGAGGUCAGGAGAGAAAUUUUUCCCAGCCUUAAUUUCACGUCUGCAUAGAGGGCGCCCUCUUUGGCCUGCAGCGUCCCCAGACACAAGCCUGUUCCAGCAGCUCAGGGAGGAGCAGGGGCCCCACUGGGACACGCCAGGGGGAGAGGGCUCACGAGGGUGCGGGGCACUGGCGGGGGACAGAAGUACGAGGUCUCUGCUGUUUCUGAAAUGGUGUCCCCUCUCUCAGGGCACCACGCUUAACCUCUGCCAGUGUCCCAGGAAAAUCGGUCCCCACUGUCGUCCCCCAAGUCCCUGCUGCCAUCGUGCUCGGCCCCCCAUCUCACUGUACAUCCUUCUUUCUCCGAGCCAGGCAGGAUUCCAGAUCAUCCCUUAGAGGCUAGAAAGGCAUUUGGGGAACAGCAGGUGGCCCCGUAUAGUGAGGGUUGCAGGCAGGGUGGGGGGCCCGAGAGCCAGCCUGUGCCAGCAGCGCCCUCCAAGAUCAGGCCUGGGUGAUGGGCUUCCCUGCCCCGUAGCACAAAGCAGGCCCAGGCCUGCCCAGGCCUGAGGACCACAGGAGUCUCCUGCUCCUGGCUCUUGUACCGUGGAUCUCAGGCAGGGGCGCACCACAGGCUGGAGGGCCUCGCCGCAGGCAUCCAUCCUCCCACCAGUGUGAGUGCCGAAGGCAGGGGAGACUUGGCCCAGCCAGGGCCCCGGGGCCCGCUCUCAUCUUUUCUGCCCUCAGCCUCCUGACAUCUUCCCAGUGUCCUUUCUGAGAGCGGGACCCUGAAUAUCUGCUGCCUCAUGUCCCACGAUGCCAGGGAGGAGGCCUGAAGCCAGGUCCACUCUGAAACCCGUCCCCCUCCACCCCUGGUCCCACUCCUCUGAGCUGGCCACGUAACACAACAAGGGAGAGGAUGUUCCAGGCACCCAGCCUCCCCCACCCCCACUUCUGUCUAGAAUCUCCCUCCUGUGGGCAGAUGACCUGACCCGUGCAGCCUCUAACUAGCCAGAACAACCUCCGUGGCCUCAGCGUUGAUGCGUGUAUUUUACGGCAUUUAAGGCAGAUUUCAAGUUAAAAAAAAAAAAAAAAGCCCACGAUACUUCUUUGGUUAAGUGGUUUACCCUUCGUGGUAAUUAGAUGUAGUGAUUGGAAUCUCUUUUCUAUUACAUGGCAAUUUUCCUUUAAAUUUCCCCU